AUGCUGACAAAGAAUGCAUCGCUAAGCGCACCACUGGACAGUGGAGUGCACCGUCUUAAAGCGCGUCAUCGCCGCCGUGAAGCUGCGGCGCCGUAUACCAAGCAUGCGAAGGGAAAUGAAGACGAGAAAAAUGUCGAGUUUGGUGGUCAGGAAACGUAUACCACCAAUAAUCGGCGUGGAAGUGGCUUCUUGGCUCGUUUGGCAAGUUACAUUCCUAUCGUGAACAAAUUGGUGGCUGAGGAAGAUGACGAGAAGGAAAGUGAGCUGCAGCCAACUAUGGACGAUAGUGUCGACAUCCAAACGACACAGGAAGAUGGAAGUGAUGAUGAGGAUGAGGAUGGCGACGGUAAUGCUGAGAUAGUAGCAGAGGCUCCGAAAAACGAUGACGAAAAGAGAGAACUAACACCCGAAUCUCAACAACAAAAACAGAAGGGUUCAAUUCUUAGGAAGGAAGAGGUGCGGGAGUCCAUUUCUCCCGUGACACGCACAGCUCCUUCAUUUGUCACACCGAAGAAUUAUUCAGCUACACCUCCUCGACCAUACAGUAAGCGUGGAUCUCGUAAGUCUCGCUCACCUUCUCGAGACAGUAGCGUAGAAAGUGGUGAGUGUAGUCCGGCCUUUAUACGUCAAGCACGAAAGCGCGGUGACAAGCGCGUGUUUCUACCUGGUCCUUCGCAUCAGUCUAAAUCGUUACGCAUAACGAACUCACAACACCGACGAAAGUCGACGUCACCUUCACCCCAUGAGUCCGCGCUGGCUGUGAUCAAACAAAAAAAGACCAUCACUCUAGAGGAAUUUGAAGUUUUGCAGAAACAGCUGCACGAUAUGGUCGAGACAACACCACAGACGCAACUUGCUAAGACGCAAGCAGCCCUGGUCAAUGGACUCGAGCAUCCGUUUACGCGUGGAUUUCCUGGACCGACCUCGUUUCCUGGGUACGUUCCUGGCUCAAUUGCACGCUCUAACCACGGUGCGAUGAUUGUCCACGAUGAGAGGAAGAAAAACACGGAUAUUACAUCAGAGAAGGGUCUUCCUUUUGGUGAACGCCGUCGUAAUCAUGUUACUCGUCCUAUUGUCUUUUCUGGUUCGACUUUGCGUGGCCAACUGACGCGUGAAGAGCGUUUAAUGCGCAAGCCACGUCCGUCACGAUUAUUGACCGGCGCGAAGCGCGAUAGUGCUGCACGCAAUGCCUAUUCGGCGGCAAUUGCCGAAAAAGUUUUGUCGACGCUCAACAAGGUCCAGAAUCCAUUAGAGCAGGAAGCCCAGAAGCCCACACCUUCGACGUCUUUGUCAUGGGCAAAGUACCACCUUGCGUUGGAUUCUAAUGACACAAAGUCGUUGGAUAAUGGUUUACAGAGCGUAAAUAACGAGAUCGCACCACCUAUAAGUACACUGCCUCGCGUCACGUUUUCUCAGUCAGGUCAGAAAUUUACUGUUAUGGAAACGCCUGUUAAGAGCAUUGCGAAGCCAGUAGAUAGUAUAACACCGCAAUUUUCUCCGCAAACAGUCUCAAUGACCCCAGCACUUCCUGUCAAAUGCAAGUCACGUGUUUCAAAACAGCCAACUACGGAGAGAAUUGGCAAUUUUGAAUUUACACAUCCCCUUUGUGAUGAAGGGUCAAUGCAGAAUGAUUUGGAUGAUGAGGACUCUCGCGUACAAUUUACAUUUUCCCCACCACCGAGUCUGUGUGAGCCGCCUGCAAAAAUCACCUGUUACAAGUCUGUGACAAAGGCUUGUGGUGGUGCUGCUCCUUUCAAUCUUGUGUCCUCGUCGCCCAAAGUAACGAUAAUGGAGAGAGUAUCGGAGGCAUCGAGGACGAACGAACACGAGAUGCCGAAGGCUGCUGUAAUCAAGCCUAUCGAUGUAGCCAAAGCGAGUGAGAGUACCACUUUGAUCGCCCCGACGCCAGCUGCAAGUGGUGCUGUGAACCCUCUUGCGAAGUUUAUGCAGUUGAAGCCAGGACAAUGGAAGUGUCCGGGAUGCUGUGUCUUGAAUGAAGCUUCGAGUGCAAAGUGCCCGUGCUGUGAAACAACUAACCCGAACGGUGAUAAGGCACUUAAGGUCGCUUCUUUGACAACGCCUAAUGUAUCUAAGUCGACGUUAUCGAGUGGGUUCACUUUUGGUGGGCCUGCGAAGUCGACGCUAUCGAGUGGGCUCACUUUUGGUGGGCCUGCUAAGUCGACGUCAUCGAGUGGGCUCACUUUUGGUGGGCCUGCUAAGUCGACGUUGUCAAGUGAUAUUACGUUUGGUGGGCCUGCGGCGGACUCUAAAACGGAUACGGCUAAGCCGAGUGAUGGCCUGAUUACGGCAGGUGGCUUCAGCUUCGGUGCAUCCUCUGCUGAUUCAAAAAAGGAAACAAACAAUUCAGGCGGAUCUAUAACGUCCAGUGGAUUUUGCUUUGGUUUUCCACCGGCUGGUGCAAAGACCGAAAUUGAUAAAUCUGCCGGCGUAACUUCGAACGAAUUCAGCUUUACGGCUCCAACUCCAGCGCAUGGCUCAGGAAAAUCGGGUGGUAUUGAAAGUGGUCUUGUAGCGCACGGCGCGUCUGAGUCGACUAUCGAAAGUCCAACUUUAUUUAAGUUUUCGGCGCCUGCCAAGGAGGCCGAUAAGGCGCUACCAGGCAUCCCGAUUAUUGCCAAGACGGCAACCAACGCUGCGUCUUUUUCUUUUGGAACUCCUUCUUUGCCAGCUAUGGAUCAUCAUUCAAUUGAUUGUACUGCGAAUGCCGCUUCAAGUACUAGCGAAGCAGAGACUAAGAAAGGCAAGCGUAAAGCUUCUGCGGUUGAAGAGCCGAUUCAAAAUGUCGACUCGUCGAUUAUGACAAGUGAUGUCGCCAAGCCGAAAGACGUGUCCGCACAUAGAUCAGAAAAUGCCUUAAUUUCGACACAAGCAACCUCAAAGGAUUCGGAACGUCCAAUUAAGCGCUUCGCCCCGAUUUCUGUUGCCUCUGACUCGACAUCUGCGACAUCUGUUUCGGCUUUCUCUUUUGGUUCUACAUCAAAGCCACCUCAAGCGCCAGCCAAGGAAGCUACACCACCGAUUACAUUUAAUAUGACGAGCAGCAUCACAGACGCCGAAAAACCAAAAGAAGUAGCCUCUUCCUCAUUUAACUUCGGUGCAGCCAGCUCCAUUGAAAAGACAAAGGACAGUAAGCCGGUAAACACGUCACCGCCGAAGUCCGGCUUUACGUUUGGAUCGAUAUCAUCGACCACGGCCCCGAAUCUAAGUUUUGAAUUUGGGCAGCCGAAGUCGAAAGCUCCUGAUUCAAAUUUUGGUGCCCCUUUGGCUAGAUCAGAGGAUGUCACUUCUGGUAUUAAUGCUUCUACUGGCGUUACCAGCCAAGUCUCGACAACUUCUGUUUCUAGCAGUGCCCCUACAUUUAGCGUUGCUCCACCUUCAUCUUCAAGUCCGUCUUUUAAUUUUGGUACAUCGACGCCAGCGUCCACUGCUGUCACGGUUUCGAAGGCGCCUGCCUUUACGUUCGGCUCGUCAUCAUCAGGUCAGUCUUCUGCAAUUUCUGGCUUUGGCUCGUUGGGUCCAGCUCAGUCGACGGCACCUUCUGGUUUUGGUUCGUCAUCGUAUCAACCUGCAGCACCAUCUAACUUCGGUUCAACCGGGUCGACUCCCUUCGGCCAGAUACCUGCAUCGGGUUUUGGCUCAACGUCUAACGCUUUCGGAUCGGGCUCCUCAUCUGGUUUUGGAUCGGGGCAAAGCAGCGGAGACUUAAAUAGCUCGUCUGCCACUGGGCCUACGAUUGCGGUUGCGCCAAAUACACCCGCUGCACCAGCCUUUUCUUUCGGUACAUCUAUUCAGACCCCGGCUCCGAGUGCGCCUGCAGCCGGCCAGCCUGCGUUUUCAUUUGGCACAUCCAGUGCCCCCACUGGAUUUGGAACAACAGCCGGAGCUUCUGGUGGGUUUGGAUUUCCACCAAAGGGUGGAAAUGGCGGGUUCCACUCUACACCAAGUAACUUUGGAUCUUCCAGUCCUGCCCCGGCAUUCGGUAGCCAGCCUCCUACAAAAUCGGCGUUUGGUAACAGCCUUCCGCCUCCAACUGGAACGUUUGGUGGUCCGUCGUUUGGUGGACCAGCAGUAAGCGGGUUUGGAAGUGGUCCUUCCAGCUCCGGGUACCGUACGCCUAGCCCGACUUCUGCAUUUGGCAAUGCUUCUGGGGCUUCGACUUUUGGUGCUGCUCCAGCCUUCGGUGCCACCGCUCCUGCUUUCGGUGCUACCUCUACUCCUGCUUUUGGUGCUACCUCUACUCCUGCUUUUGGUGCUACCUCUGCUCCUGCUUUUGGUGCUACCUCUGGUUCCGCUUUUGGUGCUACCUCUGCUCCUGCUUUUGGUGCUACGUCUGCUCCUACUGCAGGUGCCUUCAGUGCUCCUCCUACUGACGGUGGAUUCAAUAUGGGUGCCGCUCCUCAGCACGCAAAGGGUCGGCGUAUUCUGAAGGCCAAAACUCGCAGUCGGCGGACCUCAUAG